GACGUGAGAAUUUUCAGAUGAGGUGCAAGUGUGUGGAUGUGAGGCUGCUGUAAUUGUGUUUUUAAACCCCUGGGGCCUCAGCCAGCUGAGCAUCCAACAAUCAUAUCCACACUCCACAGCUCACGCAUCCAGCACUGGGACCAGUAAAGGCUGCCGGGUUGAGCGCUCCGGCCGAGCAACGGUGACAAUGGCCUCAACGCGUCCCAAGCGACCAGGAAAACUCAGCAUGCUUAUAUUAUUGGGAUUAUUCCUUCUCUUUUUUGGUACUAUCAAGAUCAAUUGCGCAACUCUCCCUGGUAACAGCACAGAUGUGCUCUGGCUCCAAGCUUUCAGAAAUGAAAUCAGUUCUGCUCCAUCUGGAUGGUUCAAUUCUUGGAACUCCAGCUCCAACCACUGCCUGUGGCCGGGAGUCAGAUGCAGCCAAUUACAUCCAGGCCGUGUGGUGGCGCUGGAACUCUCUGGGUUUAACCUUGUUGGUUCCAUCAGCUCCUCCAUUGGGAACUUAACGUUCCUUAGAACACUGAACCUAUCCAAAAAUAGUUUCUCUGGCCAGUUCCCUCCUCUUAAGCAUCUACAAAAACUUCAAGUCCUUGAUCUGAGUAUGAACCAGUUGCAUGAUAUUAUCCCAGAUGCAAUUGCCAACUGUUCCAAAUUAAGGAUAAUAAACCUCGCCACAAACUGCCUAGUAGGUGAAAUUCCUCCACAAAUAGGCGUCCUCUCCAACCUCUCUGUUUUACGUCUUUCUUAUAAUAAUCUCACUGGAGUCAUCCCUCCGACCCUCGGCAACAUCACUACCAUAGAAUGGCUUGGCCUUUCCUACAAUAAUUUAACUGGAAGUAUUCCUGAUGAGCUCGGGAAACUGACAAAUGUAGGGAGGUUGGCCCUAGGAGGAAAUAGGUUGUCAGGUGUAUUCCCACAAAGUCUCUUCAAUCUUUCCAAUUCCCUUGAAUUGCUAGGCUUGGAGUUCAAUAUGCUAAGCAAGGAACUGCCAUCCACCAUAGGAGACAGUCUACCAAAUCUUCGAGAGCUUUAUUUGAAUAGCAACAUGUUUGAAGGCCAAAUACCAAAUUCACUAGGAAAUGUUUCAGGACUGGGAAGGUUAGAAUUGGGAAGCAACAAUUUAGCUGGCGAAAUUCCAAGCUCUCUAGGAAAACUCUAUAACUUGUAUUAUUUAAACCUUGAGCAUAACAAUCUUGAAGCUAGUGGCAGCCGUAGCUGGGAAUUCGUUAAUGCAUUAACAAACUGUCCUAGUCUCGAAAAGCUGUUUCUUACUGGAAAUCAGCUUCGUGGAGCUAUACCGGAUACAGUAGGUGACUUAUCCCCUGGCCUGAAGAACCUUUAUCUUGGUGGAAACAUGCUUUCAGGCACGGUUCCCCCAAGUAUAGGGAGACUUGGUAGCUUAUUUUAUCUAGGACUUGAGUAUAAUAAUUUAACUGGUACAAUUGACGAAUGGAUUGGGAACCUAACAAAAUUACAAGCUCUUAAUCUCCAAGUAAACAGCUUCACUGGCCCAUUACCACCAUCUCUUGGCCAGCUUACUGGGUUGACAGAGCUCAAUCUAGGAAAUAAUAAAUUUGAAGGAUCUAUACCACCAACCUUAGGGAACAUCCAACGUCUCUCCGUGUUGAAUAUUACUUGCAACAAUCUUCAGGGUAACAUACCUAUUCAGGUUGGCAGCCUUACAACACUCGUCACCCUAGAUCUUUCAUCAAACAAACUUACUGGGGAAAUUCCUGAAACUUUGGCCAAAUGUCAAGCCAUACUUGCUAUACAAAUGGCCCAAAACUUUCUAGUAGGAACAAUUCCAAUAUCUUUUGGCUCGCUACAAGGCUUGAUUCUGCUAAAUAUUUCCCAUAACAACUUGUCGGGAGCCCUUCCAGCUGUUUUAAAUGGUCUAAAUAAGCUAAGCGUGCUAGAUCUUUCAUACAAUAAUCUUGAAGGAGAAAUACCAGGAGAUGGAGUAUUCGAAGAUGCUGGAGUUGUGUUGCUCCAAGGUAACUUGGGGCUCUGCGGUGGGCCAUUGGAACUUCGUAUGCCCCCAUGUGCAGCUGUUUCUUUGAGGAAGAAAGUAGGAUAUUACUUGAUCAGAGUGCUGAUCCCAGUAUUCGGCUUCAUGUCGCUCGCAUUGUUGCUCUACUUUGUACUCCUUGUGAAGAAGAUGCCAAAUAGAGAAUGCCUACCAAUGCCUUCUUUUGGUGAAAACUUUCUUAAAGUUUCUUACAAGGAUCUAGCCGAAGCAACAUCGGAUUUCUCAGAAUCAGAGCUCAUUGGAAGAGGAAGCUAUGGUACAGUAUAUAGAGGAAAGUUGAAGGAAACUAAAAUGGAGGUGGCUAUUAAGGUGUUUGACCUUGAUAUGCGAGGGGCAGAGAAAAGUUUCUUGUCAGAAUGUGAAGCACUGAGAAGCAUCCAGCACCGAAAUCUGCUUCCUAUCAUAACAGCGUGUUCAACAGUGGAUUAUAUGGGCCGUGUUUUUAAAGCUUUACUUUAUGAGUAUAUACCUAAUGGGAACCUAGACACAUGGCUACAUCGUAAAGGGGAUGGGAAAUCUCCUAAAUAUUUAGGCUUCACUCAGAGAUUAAGCCUGGCUGUUAAUAUAGCUGAUGCAUUGGACUACUUACACCAUGAUUGCGGAAGGCCCACUAUCCAUUGUGACGUAAAGCCUAGCAAUAUUCUUCUAGAUGAUGAUAUGUGUGCUCUAUUGGGUGACUUCGGUAUUGCAAGCUUUUAUAUGGAUCCUGUUUCCACAUCCACCGGCUCAACCAGUUCAUCGGUAGGUGUGAAGGGGACCAUAGGAUACAUUGCUCCAGAGUACGCAGGAGGUGCCCGCCACGCAUCAACUUCUGAUGAUGUUUAUAGUUUUGGGAUAGUACUUCUAGAGAUGAUGACUGGCAAGAGACCAACAGAUCCUAUGUUCAAGGACGGAAUUAACAUUGUCAACUUUGUGGAUAGCAAAUUCCCACACGAAAUAUAUCACGUCAUUGAUAAACAUCUUACAGAAGAAUGCAAGGACUUCGCCCACGCAAAGACGGUAUCAGAGAAUGAGUUCUAUAAUUGCUUGGUAUCUUUGCUCCAAGUAGCACUUUCGUCGACCCAUUCACUACCAAGUGAGCGAGGGAACAUGAAAGGAAUAGCCAGCAAGAUGCAUGCAAUCAACACGUCAUAUGUUGGAUUGAAAGCAAAAAAACAUGCUUCAUUGGAGUUGCUCUGA